AAACGCUUUCAUUGAAAGGUACAUUUCCGCUCUGCGCCGGAAGUUGAUAUUCACUGACGUUCCCUUCUCUAUCGCCGUAGUUACCAAGCAGGAGAAUCAAACAACAAACACCACGGUGUUAAAUUAUAGUUCGACAACGUGUACCAGCAUGGCACAUUACAAGGCUCCAGACCACAAGAGGGAGCAAUUUCGCAGAUACUUGGAGAAAGCUGGUGUUGUUGAUAGUCUCACCAGUGUUCUAGUGGCUUUGUAUGAACAACCAGAGAAGCCCACCAAUGCCUUGGAAUUCGUUAAGCAGAACCUCGGGACUCCAGGCCUCACCGCUGCCGACACCGAGGCGUUGCAGCAGGAAGUGAUUGAACUGAGGCAGAAGUGUGCGCGACUGGAGGAGGAGAACCAAGAACUCAAAGCCAGGCUGCAGAGCCACGAGCCUCCUGAAGAAGCACCUGCUACUGAAUAGACUCCAGCAGAACUUCAGGAUACCACUUGGAAUACUUUACAUUGUCACUACUUGUCUCCGGUAUUUAAUUUAUUUUGUACAUAUAUGCAGUAAAUAUUUGUUCAAUUUUACGCAUCACAUAAGGGUGAAAAGAGGAGAAAAUGAUCUAAACUGUCUUUGUAAUGCCGAUACUCAGAAAUCACGCAAAUGCAGAUUUAGAUGUUAUCAUUGGAUUGUCACCAUUUUAAUUCACACAUUAUUGUAACGCUUGCAGAACAUUCUGGUAGCAUUUACUUUGACAAGCUCAGGAAGUAACCCCACUUCAGACUAUUUGUAUCUUGUGACUGAGUCCACAGUCCCAUAUUUAGAAUUAGAACUGAACCUGAAGACGAUUCACUUACUGGAGCUCCAGUUUCUUUACAUUUCACUUGUUGUGACUAGAUCUUUGAUUAAAACACAUCUUGCACAUAUCUACCCAAA